AUUUAUUUAUAUCUGUUCUUUCUAUAAUGUUGGAGUGAUAUUUGUUAAUAGUUUUUAAUAUUUCAUCCGGAUAUAUUACAUUAUAUACAUAUCAAAGGAUAUGUAUAUAAAAGAAUAAAAAAGUUUCAUAAUAAUUGUGAGCCCAACUGUCGACAGUAGGAAAAAUUACAGUUAAUCAAACGGAGAAGGCUCAAAACCAAUCUUCGAAAGGGAAGAGUUACAAAGUUCUUCCAAGAAACAUAAAGAAAUCGAAGAACGUCGUACAGUGAUGGCUAUUGAAAGUGGAGACACAGGUAACAAAUCGGAAUCAUUUAGAAGACGUUCUCCAUCUUCUAAUUUGUUAGGGCAUCGUAGCCAACGUUCUUCGUCUUCUCGACGUUCCAAGUCAAAAGAAUCAAUAGAUUCGAGUGGUAAAUCUGACUGGAAUAUUAGCAAAAAAAGUGAUAGACGACAAAGUAGAGAAAGAUAUCGUGAAAGAGAUAGAAGAGACAGCGAAUAUGAUCGUCCAAGCAGUAGCAGCAACAGGUACAGAUCAUCUCGAAAUAGGGAGAGCUCUUAUCGAGAGUAUGGAAAUUAUCGACGUGAUUCUUCUCCCGAACAAGAUUUUAGUCAUAGGUAAGCGUAAAGGACG